CGAGUCCAUCUCAAAGAAGCAGCGGAGCAGAGUGUUAGUGAAGUGAGUCUGAGAGCCGAGGAGAGCUACAUCAGCUAGCUCACUCCACUUCGCACAAACACACACAGACACACGUUCUCCCUCUCCUUCUCGCGCUCUCGCUCUCUCCCUCUUUCACAAACACACACACACUCUCCGUGCAACGGGAGUCCACGAUGUGUCCGGCUGCACGGCCACGGCUUUUGUGAAAGUGAGGGGAUUGCCGCUGCCCCUGUCCCAGCCCCCUUGGCUCACACACUCAGUGUUUGCCUGCCGUGUUUAAGCUCGAGGUGCUGGUGGAGGUGUGGAGGGAGGGGGCACUGCCAGGGCAGAGCCGGGGCACCGAAAGGGAGGAGGAGGAGAAGAAGAAGACGAAGAAGAGAAGGAGGAAGAAGAAGGAGACAAAGUGGAUCAGGUCGACAGCGGUGGAUUGAAUGUUGGAAAUGCCCGUCAGGUCUGAGUCCAUCACGUCCUCAGCCAAUCGAAGCCUUCGUUAACAGCGGCGUGGGCACGUGAUUGGAGGAAGGAUGGCAACCAUGCCAUUUGUUAGUGAGGGGAAAUGUGUGAGUGUGGAGUGGGAUUUCCUGCAAGGACUACUGGCCAAGCCUCCCACCCUGCCCUGUCUCCAGAACCUGCGUAAAGAGAAAUCUCGCAAUGCGGCUCGUUCUCGGCGGGGGAAGGAGAACUUCGAGUUCUUUGAGCUGGCCAAGAUGCUGCCACUUCCCGGGGCCAUCACAAGCCAACUGGACAAAGCUUCGGUCAUCCGGUUGACCAUCAGCUACCUGCACAUGCGGACCUUUGCCAGUCAGGGGGACCCACCCUGGAGCCCUCUGCUGGAGGGAGACAGCAACUGCAGCAAAGUUAGACGUUCAUCUCAUUCUCUGGCGACUGACAUGUUUGAGCAGCACCUAGGGGCACACCUCCUGCAGUCUCUAGAUGGCUUUGUGUUUGUGGUCAGCCAGGAGGGACGGUUCCUCUACAUCUCAGAGACAGUUUCUAUCUACCUGGGACUCUCACAGGUGGAGCUGACUGGCAGCAGUGUGUUCGACUACAUCCACCCAGCGGACCACGUCGAGAUGGCGGAGCGGCUGGGAAUCAGGCCACAUCUACGGGCCGAGGCCGGCUGUCACACAGCCCCUGAGAGCGCUUCCAGCUCUGCGUCCACCUCCUCCUUAGCUGGUACCCCUGAACCCGCAGCUCCAUCCAGUCCUCAUUCUCCUGCCGACGAUCCACCCGAGCGUGGCUUUUUCAUCCGCAUGAAGUCCACGCUCACCAAAAGAGGCCUGCAUGUCAAGUCUUCUGGAUACAAGGUAAUCCACGUGACGGGACGAAUCCGCUGCCGCCCCGCUCUCGUCCCGGGCUCCACCCGAUCAGUGCGUCGACCGAUGGGUUUGGUUUCGCUGGCGCACACUCUCCCGCCCUCCACGCUUAAUGAAGUCCGCAUGGAGAGCCACAUGUUUGUGUUCCGAGUGAACAUGGACCUACAGGUUACAUACUGUGAGAACAGGAUCUCUGAGUAUAUGGAUCUGACUCCAGCAGAGGUAGUGGGACAUACCUGUUACCAUUUCAUCCAUGUAGAAGACCUGGAGAACCUCCGGCAGAGCCACGAGGACUUGCUAAGAAAAGGCCAGGUAGUGACUGGUUAUUAUCGCUGGCUCCAGAGGAGAGGAGGGUACCUGUGGAUCCAGUCCACUGCCACUGUGUCCAUCAACCACAAAGCCCCCCACGAACGCAACGUUAUCUGGGUUAACUACGUCCUGAGUCGAACAGAGCUGCCCGACACUCCCCUGGAUCUGCUGCAGCUACCAGAGAGCAUAAGAGCAGAGCGACUUCGAAUCAGCUCGUCCCCGACCGAUGGCUCCACACAGGCCCGAGGCUCGCAACCUGUGAAGAGCUCAGUGGGGAAAAGCGACCCUGACACUAAAGGCAGAGACAAAUUCACCACCACGGCCAUUCAAUCAGAGGACAGGAGGAAGCGCCUGCUGAGGUCUGACCCGGAGGGCGCACCUCCCGAAACCCGUCGCAGACUGGAGGAGCUCCGUCACACGGAGGAGAGUGUCUCUGCCUCCUCAGACCUGGCGAGCGAAAGCGAGGGGGAAGAGGAAGAUGAAACCGAGUGGGACCAGGGAGGCGACAGCGACAGAUUGAAACGGGAAGACAGCGGAGGAGGAGGUAAACAGAGCAGAGGAGGAGACACCCCGACGAGAGGGGAGAGGGGAGGGAGGGUGCACAAUGGCCGGGCUGUGAUCCAGCAGCUGAAAAGUGUAGUGACUCCAUCUCCCCUGCCCGGCAGCCCAGGCAUCAAGACUGAGCAUGAAGCCCUGACCACCGGGGGGCGCUGGGGAUCACACACUCAAACUUCCACCUCCCACACACACACCACUCAGCCCCAGCCCUCGCAUGCACACACGCCGUCCAGCAGCCUCAAUGGUGACAGCCCCACCACCCCGAUCCCGGACUCCUCUUCCAGCAGCGAAGCUCCACCGAAGGGUUUGUUCACUCCCCCGUCCCCAGCUUUGUCCCCCGCCAUGCCCGUGUCCUCCCCGUUGCCCCGCGAGGACAGGGCUGUGUCGGCGGGGGUGGUCAGCCGGAGCAGUGGCGGUAGUGGUGGUUUAGGUAACGGUCCUGACUUUGAGCUGCUUCAGAGACUGGCUGCUGGAAGUGCAGCGGGCCGGGUCCUCUUCCACCCCCUUGCCCUCGGCCCGCAGGGCCCUCAGAGCCUCUAUGCCCCAAGCACUAUCCGCUACGCUCCACCUGAGCUCCCCCCUUCCCACCACCACAGCACAGGACACAGUGAUGGCCUGCAGCUACGCUCGGACCACCACAAGGGACCCCCACCGGCCUUCUUCCCCCACCUACAGCGGCUGGCCGGCCUUCCACCCUUCAGUGGUUUCUCCCCAUCUGACAGCCCCUUCUCCUCUAGCCUGCCCUUCUGUAUGAAUGGACUGAGGGGGGCUGCGGGCACAGAGGAGGACUGAGUCUCAGAGGGGAGGAUGUGAGAGGAGAAAAUAAACUGAAGGAGAGAGCGGAGUGACAGGACGGAAAGAGAGACAUUGAAAAGGGCAGGAGAGACAGAAGUGGCAGUAGAUUAAACCUCUGAGGACGUUACUAAUUGGACAAUGAGUUGAAUAACUGCAAUCUAAAGUGUGUGACAAGCCGCUGCCAUAGGAUUUUAUCAUGUCAGCCUGUUGUGUACGAGUGACAGUGACUCUCAGAGAAACGGGGACAUGGAAACUUUUGACUGGUUGUCCCUCAAGACUUUUCAUCUUCGCGACAACAACGAACUCUGCUCUGUGACUUUCUCUAGAUGACUGUGUUGAUUUAUGUGUCUCUUCCACUCAGAGAAGCCAUAUUGUACAUAGAGAGAAAACCAUGACGACCCUCAGCUCACAUCCUCACCGUCAAUGUCCGUCACCGCACAUUAACCCAAUUAACCCUAAAACCAGUAGGAAGAGAUGGGCACUCGUCUGUAGGAAUAAAAAUGACUUUGGAAUAUAAAUUUUUAUUAUUGCAGUAUUAUACAAAUCAUCUCUUUCAGUGGGCUCCGGGUGACAGUUUGAUUAUAGAGUUUCAACUUAAAAUAGGUGGAGACAGCUUUUUGGUGUUUUGUAUCGAUACUUAAAAUAAUAAUAUAAAACAAUAAUAUUGAAAAAAAGAUCCAAGUAUUCAUCGAUUCAGCCAUACUAAAAGCACACUUUUGGGACAAAAGUAUGAUUAAAGUAGUCCCAGACAUUCCAUUAUAUAUAAGGGAAGGAAAUGCAAUGCAGACAGGACGCUACUUGUAUUGUUUGAUUAUAGGAAGGCGAUUUGUUUAACUGAUUAUGACUUCUAGUGUAUCAUGACAAUGUACAAUGCUGCAGUUGUGUUUGUGUAUGAAAGCCAUAUUCUUGUUUGUUUUUAGGUUUAUAUUGUUUUUCUUCACCAGGUGAAACCGAUUGGGAAAUUGUUUAAAAUACGACUGUUUUAGUGGAUGAAAAAAAAUGUGAAAAUGCUUUAGUAGGGGAAAUGUGCUGGACAGAAGUGUUUUUAUCAUUUAAACAUGUUUUGUUUUUUUUUCUGAGCACUUACCGAAAUUUGUUCUGGUGUGAACUCUAAAGCACUUCACGGUUCGGCGUGUGAUCCUGUUAAAACAGAAAACAAUGCAAGAGCGGCCGCUAAUAUCAUAGCCUGA